CAUGGAAGCCUAAAGAGACUCAUAAAAAAAGUAAUUUUAAGGAUGUAUUGCUGGGUAGGAGUAGCCUUGUGUGGUCCAGAAUGACUCCUAGGGCCAGAAGCCAUCUCUUGUUUCUGUGGCUUGAUACAACAUGAUGAGGCACGAUGUUGGUCAGGUUGGGUGCGAUCUUGAAUAUAAUUCAAGAUCGUACAGAAAGCAAGACUUUUCAUGUACACGCCCACAUAUUUUUUAUCCAGAUGUGGACAGUGGUUUGCCUAUUGCCCCCACCCUAACCCUCAAAGCAUGUUGGUGGUAGCAUCAUGCUAUGGGAAUGUUUCACCACAACAGGGCCUGGAAAGCAUUGGAAGAUAUAGUGGAAAAUCUUGGCAGCAAUGUACACAGAAAUUCUGGAAGUAAACCUUCUGAAGUCUGUAAGGGAGGCGAUAAAUCUUCCAAGAUGACAGAAACAUAGAAGCAAAGCCACUCUGGAGUAACCAAAUAAACAAUUAGGUCAAUGUCCUAGAGUGAUCCAAUUAAAUCAUGGACCUCAAAUUGAGAAUAUGACUAAUCUCAGUCUGUUUUCCCGAUUAAAAAAAGUUAUAAAAAAUAUAUAUAUUUCAGAACUACCUUUCCACACAAAUGUUCACAACCUUUCAGAAGAUGAAAGACUUUCUGAACAGAUGAAAGCCAAAUCCAUAUGUCUGAAUUUGGUAGACACUACUUGCGAACAGACCUGUUUCUAAAGGUCUCUGAAUAUGAAUCCCAUUAGUGUAACUGCAGCAGGGCCAGAUUAUAAAAUAACUCUGCAGGAUUUAGAAUUUUGGCGGAUUACAGAAAGCAGAGCAAUAAGUGUAGAAUUGCUUUAAAACUGGAGAAUAAAAAUAUGAACAAUAGCAUUUGAUGAGCUAUAAAACACAAGCAAGUUUUUCUGUCUAUUAUUGCAAGAAAUAAUCUUUUAAACUACUCGAAGGUCAUUGCCUCAGGGCCCCUAAAGUGAUAAGCAGGAUAUUUUUAAAACAUGUAUUAAAGGAUAGAGGCUCGCGUUGUACCUCGGGAUCUGAUAAAUGUAACAUGAGAGCUGCAUUCUCGGACAUGCUGCAACAUAACCAGCCCUCUGAGUGAGGGAACAGCUGGCCAUAAAUGAGUCAGUUGCCAGAGUAGGCAUCGAAGUUGCAACAUCAGCCAGGUUGAAAAUACAGACAGAGAAUGCACCGCAGAAAAAGCACAAAUGUUUUGUGUGUAAUCGUGGUUUCAAAGGUUUGUCAUUUAUUCUCAAUUCCUUUCAGAUUAACUUUCCUAAAUGAAAAAUGUAGUAAACUCCUACAAAGAAUUUGUGUAUCUGUGUGUGUGUGUGUGUUUCUGUCUCCAUUUGUUACAGAUUAAUUAACGAACAUUGUGAAAAACCACUACUUCCCCUGUCUUCACAGGAUUUGGUAUUCUGCUGGAGGCCUGCCAUCCAUCCUACCAUGGACUCCCCGCAGACAAAGGCCUUUAGAGAGAUCAGAAGCCUACGUUGGAGACCGGCUCAUUCACACUGCCAUCUAUUCCCUUGACACAGAAACUGCCAAAUACUCAGCCUGGGUCUAUGAGUCCUCUUUACUCACAAACUGGUUUCAGUCUAAGAGCCAUUUGAUCAACCAAAUGACACUUUGAAAAGGAAGUAAGAGUUUUACACUGACAUUGAGUAAGGAUGCAUUCGUUGGUAGUUGUAACUUUAUUUUGGCUCCCCUUGGGUCUGACCCAGCCCACUCCUCCCUCGGGGUCAAAGGCUGGGUUCCACUGUGUUCCACGUAAAACUGUACCCUUUCAGAGUGAGAAUGGUCGUCUGUUCCGUGAGGAGGGUGUCUGGAACUACUCCACCAUGCUGCUGAGAGAGGACCUGGGGGUGCUGCUGCUGGGAGCUAGAGAAAACAUCUAUGCUCUGGACAUCAAUGAUAUCUCCAACAUGAAGUCAUCUGUGAGUUGGAAAGUGACACCUAAGCAGAGGGAGGACUGCCGUAAUAAAGGAAAAGAUUCAAUAGAGUGCCAGAACUACAUCAAGGUCCUUCAUACCGUGAAAGAUGGGAGGAUGUAUGUGUGUGGGACCAAUGCCUUCCAACCAGGGUGUGACUACAUGUCAUACACAGAUGGACAGUUGAAACUGGAAAACAAGUUGGAGGAUGGGAAAGGGAAAUGUCCCUUUGAUCCAUUCCAAAGAUACUCGUCCAUCAUGAUUGAUGAGGACUUGUAUUCAGCCACCUCAUUGAACUUCCUGGGUUCUCAGCCUGUAGUGUCUCGUAGCUCUCCCUCUUCCAUACGCACUGAGUUCCAUAGCUCCUGGCUAAACGAGCCCACCUUCAUCUCCAUGGCCCAGAUACCAGAGAGUAAAAGCAGCUUAGUGGGUGAUGAUGACAAGGUCUACCUGUUCUUCAGUGAGUCUGCUGUGGAGUAUGACUCCUACAGCAGACUGCUGGUGUCCCGGGUGGCUCGUGUCUGCCAGGGGGAUCUCGGUGGCCAGCGAACACUGCAGAAGAAGUGGACAUCGUUCCUAAAAGCUCGUGUGGACUGUCCUGUUCCGGGGUCCAAGCUACCUUACAUCAUACAGGACACCUACCGCUGGUGUGAGGGGGAGGACUGGAGGACUUGUGUGUUCUACGCUGUAUUCACACCACAGACGGAUGGGUGGGGCAUGUCUGCAGUGUGUGCGUACAGCGUGUUGGACAUCGGCAUGGUGUUCUCCGAGGGGAAGUACAAAACCCCGGUAACCGUAGAAACAUCCUUUGUGAAGUGGGUGAUGUACAAUGGUGAUGUACCCUCCCCCAGACCUGGAGCUUGUAUCGACAACAAGGCUCGGAGCCACGGCAUUAAUCGUAGUCUGGAUCUCCCAGACCAAACCUUGCAGUUCAUCAAAGACCGGCCCCUGAUGAACCAGGCCGUUCUGCCCGUGGGAAACCGUCCUCUGCUGACCCACAGGGGUGCAGUGUUUACCCGCAUCGUAGUCCACCGGACCCAAGACCUGAACGGGACGAAGCACCACAUCAUGUUCAUAGGCACAGAGAACGGUAGCGUGAUGAAAGCCAUCAACUACAAUGAGGAGAUGUUCAUCAUCGAGGAAGUGCAGCUCUUCAGGCCCGCUCAGCCGAUAAAAGCCCUCAGUUUCUCCGACACGACGGGCCAGCUGUACGCGGGCUCCGAGUACGGGGCGGUUCAGAUGCCAUUCAGUAGCUGCGGUCGUUCUGUUUCCUGUGAGGACUGCGUCUUGGCCAGAGACCCUUAUUGUGCUUGGGACAAAAUUCAAGCCCGAUGUGUCGCUGUGUCAACUGCUAAAGCCGACAGUCACCUGGUCCAGAGCUUGGUUGGGGACUUCUCCCUGUGCCCCGCCACAGAGCCCGUCAAGCGGGUUAAUAGCACCCUGUGGCUGGGCGGCAACCUGAAACUCAGUUGCUCCCCUCCAUCCAACCUGGCUGAGGUCCAGUGGCAGCACGACGCCCAGCCUUUGCGCCCCUCGACCCGCCACCAGAUCCUCCCAGAUGGCCUCCACAUCCUGAACACCUCAGCCUCUGACGCUGGCCACUAUCGCUGUGUGUCAAUGGAGCGCUCUAAAACCGGGGCCUACACCGCCACUGUGGCCGAAUACCGUCUUGAAGUCGGCAGUGGCCCAGAGGGACAGCCCCGGAGGCCUGAAGCCCAGGCUGAGGAACUGUCCCUGGUCAUGCUUCAGGCAUCAGUGGCCUGUCUGGCGAUCGUCCUGGCUGUACUGUUGGGGUGGAACCUGUACAAGGGACACUUGCCCUUGCCUGGGCCCUGUGGGAGAGCGAGGCCGAGUGCAGGGAGAGAGGAGAACCAGGGAGAUCAAGAGGAGGCUGCUCGGCCCACAACGCAGCUAGUGGCCUCACAAUCUGGGAAGUUGGUGACCAGGCUCCUGGAGCCUGGAGAAGCAAAUUGCACCAGUAAUAAUAACAAAUGUUCUGGGGAGGUGGAGUUAGCAGGGAGUAAGGAGGGGGAGACUGAAGUCAGCGUCACUCUCUGCUCAAUGCAGUUCAUUGAUGAUGAAUCAGAGAGUUAACCCUAUGUAAAUAUGUUUCAAUACAACUAAAUGGGUUGUAAUUUAACACAAUGAGUAUUCAAUGGGACUAAACAGAAUGAAAACUGUGAAUAUGUCUUACAAAGCAUUUGGAGCAGAACUGUAAAAGAUAUUAAACUGUGAUUGUCUUAGGUUACUUGUCGUAAAGUUGAAUUGAUACUGAUGAAUUGUGGGUUAAGCGGACUGUUUUUUUAUUGUUUUUUUGCAUUAGAAUAACCUAUAUUGCAUUUAAAAAGGCUGGACAAAUCUGCUGGUCUUUUGAUUUAUUAAAUCAUCUCUGAAUAAGAUGUAAAGUCUUCUGAUGUGCCUAAUGCUUUACAUCCCAGUGAAGAUAAUGUCAAUGUGAUGCUGGUUUUUAUUCUUGUCGUGGCUUGGUGGAAUGUGCUUUGGAGGAUGUGUGUUGCAAUCUCUGUCACCAGAUCACUGGGGUUGCUAUGAUUCAAGGCUAUAAUCACAAAAUGGAUAUAAAAAAAAUUUGAAAAGGGGAAAAACUCCCUAGAGCCUAAAUAUUUGGCUAGUUAACCAAUUAGAUGAACACAAUUGGGGUACCUGUGUAAAAGCAGCUCAAAGCCUGAGGCACUUCUGAUAUCUGGUCCAGGGAGACGGUCCUUUUGGAACCAGACUUCCUCCCAUGGACACAUUGCCCCAUUAAAAGCCAAGGGCCCUUGUAGCAUUAUUUAGCUUGUGUGGUAAAAAUUUGGAUUCUGUUUUCCCAUGCAAGGGAUUGCUUUUAAUUUAAUGAAAAUGUGUUGAAUGUGGACGAGGCAUCCCGCUGCCUCGUUGAUGUGACCUAGCAACACAGUUUAGUGUUCAAAAAAAAAUCCCUUUCAUUUUGUGAACCCAAGGAAACAACCAAUCCUCUAGAAGGAUUCUUCACCAAUCAGUCGGCCCGACUCACAAUUUGUAAACUAGAAAAUGUCCUAAACAUCAUUGAGAGCUAGAACUAAAUGGAUAGGUAGGAAUUAUCAGAAUGAAAACAAUAGUGUGUAUAUAUAUACACUCACCUAAAGGAUUAUUAGGAACACCAUACUAAUACUGUGUUUGACCCCCUU